AUGUCGGAUAGUCAGCUGGAAAUAUUUCUAAUUCAAAUGGUUGGACCUGUUUCGGUUAUCCUUCGAAAUAUAGCUUUGCCAUGGAUUUUUGUUGGGUGUCGUUUCAAGCUCAAAUUUAUCAUGGAUUUUUCGUUUCUCGUUAUGCCAGUUAUAUUUUCGAUGACACUUUUUUCGGAACAUAUAAGUGUUAUUUUAAUUUUUCAAAUAAUUGCUCUUUUUUCGCUAAGCAUUUUUUAUUUGUGUGAAUAUUGUUUUAUUGCUCGUGAGAAACCGUCAUUAAAGCAUAUAGCCAAUCAGAUUAUUGAUGAUCAACAUAUUUCGACAAAAUUUGUCAUUUAUAUGAGAUCCAUGAUAUUAAUUGCGACUGCUGUUGCCAUUUUAGCAAUUGACUUUCCAAUAUUUCCACAACGUUUUGCUAAAACAUCUGUUUAUGGACGAAGUUUAAUGGAUGUGGGCGCUGCUUCUUUUGUUUUUUGCCUUGGUUGUUUUGAUGUAUUUAAGCAUUUUUCCUGUUCUGCUUCUGCAUAUCCUCCUAAAAGGGGAUUUAAAAUUCUUUUCUCAUCAUCAGCUAUUUUACUAUAUCUUGGUAUUCUUCGAACUGUUAUUCUUAAAUUGAUUGGUUAUCAGCAAGACGUAACUGAAUAUGGCGUUCACUGGAAUUUCUUUUUUACCCUUGCUUUUAUAAAAAGAUCGGAAAAAAACAUGCAGAAUUCAAAAUUUGUUGUCAGUAAAAUCAUUAUAACGAAAGCAUUGUGCCGUCGCUUUCAUUUUUUACUUGGCUUAAUUUUCAUUUCUAUUCAUCAGCUUAUACUUGGAUAUGCAGAAUUUCAGGAUUGGCUUCUAUCAGAAGAUGUUCCCCGUAAUGAUUUUUUUUCUGCAAAUCGUGAAGGAAUAUUUUCCUUAAUUGGAUAUUUAUCAUUGUAUUAUUUUUCAUCUGUGAUCGCUAGAUUUAUUGCUUCGACAGGUAUUAGAUUAAAAUCAUGGUUUCAAAGGAAUCUUCAGUUGCUUCUUUUGGCUAGCUUCCUAUUUUUUUUACAAAAAUGCUCACAAUCAUUAUUUGGUCCUCCAUCACGUCGCAUCGCAAAUAUAACAUAUGUUAUGGAAAUGCUGGUAUUCCAUUCAAGUUGUAUGGCAGCAUUUUUGUUUGUACAGUUUGUUUCACUAUUUUGUUGGGCUGCAAAAGUGCCGCAAUUCACGUCUGAUGAAAAUCCUUUCGAAAACCAGAAUCCUUGUUUAUUGAAUUCAAUAAAUGAAUUCGCGAUGUCUUUUUUUCUUCUCUCUAAUUUAUUAACUGGAUUUGUAAAUUUAACGAUAGUAUGCUCAGAAUAUACAAAUGCUUACCAUUCGACCACAAACUUGAAGGAUAGAUAG